AUGUGUCUGCAAGAUGAUGGCCUAGAUCCAUCUCAUUACGUCUCUGCACCUGGAAUGUUUAAUGAUUUUUUGUACAAAAGUAGCAGAGCAGAACUUAAGCUCAUGACAGAUAUGGAUGAGUAUCUGAUGGUUGAAAAUGGAAUUCGUGAAGGAAUGACAAUGACCUUAUAUGAGGAUAUGAAUGCCUUAUAUUCAGGAGCAAUGAUCCAAUAUAUGCCUACAGAAAUUUUGGGUAAAGUGAGUCUAGAGGAAGUACCAGAUAUUCAAAGUAUCGCGCCUGAUGCAAAAAUAGGCUGUAUGCUUGAACUUGAUCUAGAAGUUCCAGUGCACUUGCACAAUUACUUUGCAGAUUAUUCUUUAGCGUCAGAAAAGCAGAUAAUUUCAGAAGACUGGCUUAGCUUAUAUAAUGAAAGAUUAGUACAAGAUAAAGAAGUUGGAAAUAAUAAAUACAUGUCCGGAGAGAAGUUAGUUCAGACUCUUUAUCUUAAGAAAAAUUAUGUGGUUCACUAUCGAGCUCUUCAGACAUAUAUGAAGUUUGGAAUGAAGAUUACAAAAAUUCAUAGCGCUAUCAAGUUUAGGCAAUCUUCAUAG